ACCGCAGCCCUCACCGCCUUUAAAAUUCUGCCGGAAAUAUUUCCCCCCACCGCCAUCCAUGACCAAGCAUUCUUUUCCACCCUCCGCAACCCGCCACCAUCGCCAGCCUAAAACCGUCUUCCACCCCAACGCCCUUCCCUCGCAAUCCCGCAAAUCCAACUAUGCCUCGCGAAGAGUACCAGGUCCCUACCGGCGCGUCCGGAGCCCAGCGCGGUGGCACGCGCGACGCCCACGAGUCCCGCGCCGUCAUGAGCUACCUGUGCGGCGACUGCGGCGGCAGCGUCACCCUUGGCAAGGACGCCCUUGUCGCGUGCCCGCACUGCGCCGGCCGUGUGCUGUACAAGGAGCGCACGAAGCGCAUGGUCCAGUUCGAGGCGCGAUAGGCGAUAGGCAACCGACGAGGGAAUCAUCAACGGAGUAAUCGAGGUCUGGGGCGAGGUCCAGAUGGGAUUUUGGUUUGGAGGCUUUAGGGAGUUUCGGGGUCUGGGAUACAGCAUGAAAACACGGCGAAAGACAAAGAAACGACAUCAACGACAAGCACAAGAGAUAUCCACGCCGUCCGA